CCUGAGAGAGAUCGGGAGUAUAUGAAGCUCACGGUUAAGUUCGAGCUCCCGUCGACGAGUCGGUCUACGUUUGGUAACAAUGAGUACAUCGGAGACGUUGGAUCGAAUGGAGCUCUGUGAAAGUCUUUUAACAUGGAUCCAGACAUUUGGAGUGGAAGCACCGUGCAAGACCGUAGAAGAUCUGACAAGUGGCAUCGUCAUGGCUCAAGUUCUGCAGAAAAUAGAUUUGGUGUAUUUCAAUGAUGCAUGGAUUAGCAGAAUCAAACCAGAUGCUGGAGACAACUGGAGGUUAAAGAUCAGCAAUCUAAAAAAAGUCCUAAAAGGCAUUUUAGACUAUAAUCAGGAGAUCUUAGGCCAGCACAUUAAUGACUUCACACUACCUGAUGUAAAUCUGAUUGGGGAACACUCGGACGCAGCAGAACUUGGGAGGAUGUUGCAGCUCAUAUUGGGCUGUGCUGUUAACUGUGAACAGAAACAAGAAUACAUCCAAACCAUAAUGAUGAUGGAGGAAUCGGUACAGCACGUUGUCAUGACAGCCAUUCAAGAGUUGAUGAGUAAAGAGACUCCAGUCACAGGAGGCAAUGAGUCGUAUGUGGAUCUAGACAGACAGCUGAAGAAGACUGCAGAGGAGCUGAAUGAUGCUUUGGCUACUAAAGAAGAGAUUGCCCAGAGGUGCCGUGAGCUUGACCUGCAGGUGGCAGCUCUGCAAGAAGAAAAAAGCAGCUUGCUGGCAGAAAACCAGGUUCUGAUGGAGAGACUCAACCAGUCUGACUCCAUAGAGGACAUAAACAGCCCUGCUGGACGCAGACAUCUCCAGCUGCAAACACAGCUGGAGCAGCUCCAGGAGGAAACGUUCAGGUUAGAGGCAGCAAAAGACGACUACCGGAUUCGUUGUGAGGAGCUGGAAAAAGAACUUGUGGAUGUGAAAUCCCAGAACGAAGAGCUCACAACUCUGGCUGAUGAAGCACAGUCUCUCAAGGAUGAGAUGGAUGUCCUCAGGCACUCGUCUGAUAAAGUGUCAAAACUGGAGGGCACAGUAGAGCACUACAAAAAAAAACUAGAGGACAUGGGGCUGCUCAGGAGACAGAUUAAACUUUUGGAAGAGAAGAACACAGUCCUAAUGCAGACUAAUGUCGGCUUGGAAGAAGAGCUUCGAAAAGCUAACGCUACAAAGGGUCAGCUGGAGACUUACAAGAGACAGGUGGUUGAACUUCAGAACCGGCUGUCAGAAGAGUCGAAAAAGGCUGACAAGAUGGAGUUUGAGUACAAACGUGUCAAAGAGAAAGUGGACUCGCUACAAAAAGAAAAAGACCGUAUGAGGACAGAAAGGGACUCGUUGAAGGAGACUAUUGAAGAGCUACACUGCGUCCAGGCUCAAGAGGGACGGCUAACGUCAAGUUUGUUCCCACUGGGCAGCAACGACGGCUCUGACUCGCUGGCUGCUGAGAUCACCACCCCUGAAAUUCGAGAGCAUCUGAUUCGUCUUCAACAUGAGAACAAGAUGCUGAAGCUGGCCCACGAGGGAUCUGACAACGAGAAGAUUGCGCUGUUGCAGAGUCUGCUCGAAGACGCCAACAGAAGAAAGAGUGAACUGGAGACAGAAAACAGAAUAACCAAUCAACGCUUGAUGGAGGAACAGAGUCAGGUAGAAGAACUCCAAAAAACCGUUCAAGAACAGGGUUCUAAAGCAGAUGAUUCUUCUGUCCUCAAAAAGAAAUAUGACGAACACAUGGAAAAACUGCACGAGUUGAACAACGAGCUACUGAGGAAGAACGCUUUAAUUGAUGAGAUGGAGCCAAAAUAUGCCGCCAGCUCCCAACGAGUGGACGAGCUAGAAGAAGCUUUGAAGAAAAAGGAUGACGAGAUGAAACAGAUGGAAGAGAGAUAUAAGAAAUACCUAGAAAAAGCCAAAAGUGUUAUUCGGACUCUGGACCCAAAGCAGAACCAGGGCUCAGGUCCAGAAGUCCAAGCUCUGAAAAACCAGCUACAGGAGAAGGAAAGAAUGCUGCAUUCACUGGAGAAAGAAAUGGACAAAGCGAAGAGCCAGAGAGAUCACGAGGAGAAGUUAAUUGUUUCAGCUUGGUACAAUAUGGGCAUGUCUAUGCAGAAGAAGGCGGCUGAAGACAGACUCGCCAACACCGGCUCUGGUCAGUCCUUCCUGGCCCGCCAGAGACAAGCCACCAGCUCACGCCGCUCCUACCCAGGCCACGUCCAGCCAGCUACCACGAGGUAG